UGCACUGAAAGUCCAAAGUGAAGUGGAAGAUUGAAGUUUUGUUGCUCGUGUUUGAAUCGAGCCGAAUUGCCGAGUCGCAUCGCAUCGCAACGAAUCGCGGCUUGAGUAUUGAGAUUGAGUAAAGCCUAGGCAUUGAUUUUAUAUUGUGCGCCGCCGUGUAAUGAGUCGUGUGUUGUGCUGCAGAGAAUAACGUAACGAAACGGAAAUACGCGAGUCUUUUAGACUAAGCCAAGAAAUAACAAAAACAUAUUUGAGAAACGAAGAAAAUGAAGUGUUUUUUUCUGGUAUCUUUAAUGCUUUCAUAAUUGGCUAAAAUUUUGAGAAAAAAAAACUUAACAAAACAAAACCUAGUGUAUAGUGAAUGCAAUUAUUUGAACUCUCGUUUAGCCAAAUGCAUUAACUCAAACGUCCAUCAUUAAAAAAAGCGCCAGCAAAUAUCAACGAACGAAGGCGACCCCUAUCCAGCAGCAGCAGCAGCAGCAGAGAACUCCAACAACAACAUUCACAAUGAAUUACUUAACAAUUUUUGUAUUUCUAAUAGUAAACGCUCACAUUGGUCUCUCCAGCAGUGAUGGUGUGCCGCUAUUAACACAAACCAUAUAUGGCUUUCUGGAUUUCACAACGACCAUAGGAAAUACAGUGAUGGUAUUUUCUCCACAAAGUGCACCGCCUCCUUUAGCAUUGCAACCCGAAGUGGUAACCGAGCCACCUGUAGUGAUUAAAACGAAUCCCUUGGAAUCUGUGGUGGCACCAAAAGAACCCGAAUCAACGAUUAGUCCCACAAAAUUGAAAACCACUACUACCACAACGGUAAAGGCAAGCAGCAGCAGCAGUAGUAGUGGUAGUGCUAGUGUUAGUAAAGGUAGUGGUGUAGAAGAAACGACCACAACGAAAUCGAAAGUGAGUGAAGACAAAACAUCAACCACAGCAACAACAUUGCAUGAAACUGCACCGCCAUCAACGCCAGCCAGCUCGCCGGCACCCCAGAAACCGGCUCAGCCACCAAAAAUUGUAACACAUUCAUCGCCAUCAACAACGUCAUCAUCACCUCCGCCAACACCGACCACCUCUUCGUCACCGAUAAUUGACAAUGUGGUUCAUGAUCCGGAAUAUGAUUUACUUUCGCGACAGCCACCUCAAUACGUGGAAGAAAACUAUCGAGUGGUCAGCUUGCGGCCGGGCGGCAACAAACACACAAGACCAGCAGUGGUGGUAACCCCCGAAAAACAUGCACCCUCCACCAGCAGUGUGCUGGCCACAAAGGUGACAGCCACCGCUUUGGCCUCUUCCUCCAGCAGUAGAUCGCAUAAAAACAAAAAGCACAAGGUAAGACCUUCAAGUACUUUGCAGGUACUAAAAACGGCCGCUCCUGUACAGCAUCCGAAAAUCAGCGCCAGUUCUAAGGUAACCAGUCACCGUAGCAGUAGUAGCGGCAGUAGCAGCAGCAGCACAUCAUCAAGAAAAAGCAGCAAAAAAGGUCAUCGUGGUUCAGCCCCAACCACCAGCACCACUCCGCAACCUCAAGAAGAUGUGGUAAUUGUCAAGUCGUCAUCGACCUCCAGAAGCAAACCCAAAAGGAAAAAUAAAAACAAACAUUCAACCACUUCAAAGCCCAGAUAUAGUGGCUCGGCGGGCAUCACCACCACCACUACAACCACUGAGGCCGCUGUGAAGCGUGCAUUUAAACCCAAAGUUCAAAUUUCAAAUUCCGAUUUGGAAAGUAACAAUAACUUACACAUUACGAAACUAAAUCGAACACCCGGUCGUUGGCAAUACAAAACAUCACCCAAGCCCAGAGUAUCGAUACGCAAACCUUCGGUCGAAGUAAAUGGCCCUUUGGGUUUGGGCAAUGUAUCUGCGAUUAACGUUUAUCCAGAACCACCACCGCUGAAUGAGAAUUUCCUCAAUCAAAAUGUCAUAUACAAUCAGAGUGACUUGGAUUUUGAGGGUUCACAAAACGGAGCCAUACUUAACAACAUCGAUCCUGAGGGAAAACAAGCGAAAUUUUUCACCGAGACCAUCAAUGUGGAAAUAUCUACACCGGCUGAUUUCAGGGAUACCUAUUAUGAGAUAGCGACUAUCAAGAAACCUUUUAUAUUCCAGGCCGGCAUUUUGAAGAAGACCCGCUAUAUAACGGUAACCUCCACCAUUGAGAAAUUCCUAACAUCCGAAGCCUCUGUUGAGCCGCGCAACGAUAACGAACCCCUAACGGAAAACAUUUUAGCUGUCUCUGAAAAGCCCAACAAUGGUAUUUUAAUGGGCAGUGUUAUCACACUGGCACCCAUCUACAUACACAACGACUCUUACACGCCUUACUUGGAAACAGUAACAGAAUCCUUUAGUGUGGUUAAUCAAAAGUUGAAAACUCAAAUAUUGCCCAUUAUCAAUGAAGUGUUGAAUGAGACCACCUAUCAUACGCUAGUGCAAACCAUCGAUUUAACCAGUUUGAUAACUGUGGUGAAAACCAUAUCCCCCGAUAUGGAGACCAAGGACUUUAAUGGCUUCCAAGACUUUGUAGGCAAUUUAGAUGAGGCAGGUUCGGAAAUCAAUUUAGAUCUGGAAUUUGGUGACGAAGGUAAUCAUCAUGAUUCAAGCCAUGAGACGAAUAACAAGCAUUUGGAUCUGGAAGGUCUGGGACAUAAUAACAAGACAGCCCUGAUAUUACCCACUUUGGCCACGGAGAGCUUGAAUCCCUUAAUGCCUAAUGUUAUAACAAAUUCACGUCCAGUUGUGAAGCUGGAAACCUUAUGGGAAUCAUAUGUUGUGCCCAUAACCAAUGGACAGUCCACCUCUUAUCGCACUUUGUCCAAGGCCAAGGGUGUGGUGGAGAGAACCGAAUAUGUGGUGGAUACAACCACAGUGCCCACACCCAUAUUGCCACCAACCUCGAUAAAUCCAUUCCUAUUGCCACAAUUGCAACAAUUCCAAACUAUAACCACACCAGUGGUGCAACAGACCAUUGUAACACAAACCGAGAGUAAAGUUUUGAAAUUGACCUUUGGUGCAAAAACAGCCUACACCACAUUAUACUCAACCCAAGUGGUGCCCACUGUGCAAACUAUGUAUGUGACUACGUCGGUGCCUGUUCAGCCCACCGCCAACCCCUUCCAAGGUUUCUAUCCGCCAGCAUAUAAUCCGUUUGCCUAUUUGGGUUAACACCCCGGGCGGCAAGCAUGUCAUGUACCGUUAUAUGCCUUUAAUGUACAAUAUUAUUUCACAUAAACUUUCAUUAUUCCCAAAAAUCACUGAAGACAUUAUUCUGGCAGGCUGAUUGAUAUGUCAUUUUAAAGUGUUGGCAACUCUGUAGAACUCACACAAGGGCCGUGUGUCAAGCAACUGAUUAGUUUUGAAAUUGUCUCUACUUGCCAGUCCAUUUGAAGAGAUAUAGAAAACUCCCCCCUUUCGCCACCCACUCUCUCGCUCUCACUAUUCGAACUCGUUUACUGCUUAAUUUUAAGUUUUUUCCUUUGUUUUGUAUAAAAUACUCAAUAUUUUCACAAAUUCAUAUCACACAUCUCUCGUCGAAUCCAUUGCCCUGUAAAUUUCUUUAAUUUAUUAAAAAUAACUCAAAACUCAAAUCAUUUGAUAAUAAUACAUUCUCACAUAUCAAUAUAAAAGUAAACAAAAAUCUACAUUACUACAUAUCAGUUAAUUGUGUACAGUGUUAGAUGCAUGACAAUUAUUCGCAUUAUAAUUAAAAAUAGUACCUAAUCUA